AUGUAUAUNAAAUUGAUUAGGGCUAAAAAGAAAAUUUAGAUUACUAAUAUUUUUAGAAAUUUAAUCUAAGAUUCUGAUUAAGAAAAAAAUGAAAGCCCUUUAAAUCAAACAGUAUCUGGUUAAAUAAGCAAAUAAAAAAGUUUUUUUAGAAUGAUGUCUGAACGAAAUAAAAAUAAAAGAAAAAUAGGAAUAAAAAGUCAUUCUUGUGACAAUAUUAAUUAAUUAAUAAUACUCAAAAAUGAAGAGUAUGGAGAAUUGCCUUUCGAUUUUUUAAAUGAAGUUGUUUUAUAAAUUCAUAAUGAUUUGUUAUAUGAUAUUGAUGAACAUCCUAUAAAUUUAUAAAAGCAUUCUAUUAUAAUACCUGAAAGUAGUGAAAUAAUUAAUAGAGAACCAUCAUUUAGAAUAAGUUCAUUAUUGUAUGCAUUAUAAUUAUAUUUAAGUGGUUUUGACAGUCCUAUGAAUAAACUUAAUCAAACAAAUUGUGCAAGUCCAAAUUAAAUUCGAAGAAAAAUAUCUGAUUUUACAAGUUUAGUAGACAAAAAAUAAAUUAUUAAUUUAAAAAGCACUUAUAUUUCUCCAUUAGUACUUCAUGAAAGUGGUUUUAGAAGUAUUACAGAAAUGUCUAAAAGCAAAAAGAAAAAUUCAUACACAAAAUAGGAAAUUGAUGAAAUACAUUAAAAAACUAAACCUAGAAUACCCCAUUAAUUUGUUAAUUACAACAAUAAUCUUAAAGAUCUAGAUAAUGGUUUAAAAAAAAAUGAGUUUCAACAGAAAUAUUCCAGAGCCUCUAUAGUUGAUCUAUAUUCUCCUCAUUAAAUAUACUUAAAUAUACAAGAUUAAUGUUCUUGUAUUGAAUGCCAAAAACUAUAAUAUUGA